AUGGUUGAAAAAGGAAUACUCCUUGGGCACAAAAUUUCCCACAAGGGAAUAGAGGUUGACAAGUCGAAGAUCGAGGUUAUCAAAAAGUUGCCACCUCCGGUUAAUGUGAAAGGUGUGAGAGCAUUUUUAAGCCAUGCCGGGCUUUGUAGAAGAUUCAUUAAAGAUUUUUCACUCAUUGCAAAGCCCCUCAAUGAUCUUCUUCAAAAGGAUGUCGAGUUUUUAUUCAAUGGUAAGUGUCUGGAGGAAUUCAAUAAGUUCAAUAAAGCUCUAAUCUCCACUCCAAUUGUUCAAGCUCUAAGAAGGGAUUUACCAUUUGAGAGUAUGGUCCAAAACAAUUGUGUUCACCGAUCCUUCGGCCAAAAAUACCUUUUUGGGAAGAAAGAAUCAAAGCCAAGACUAAUUCGUUGGGUGUUAGAGCUUCAAACUUUUGAUCUUAAGAUUAGAGAUAAGAAAGGAGCGGAGAAUGUAGUAGCGGAUCAUCUAUCUAGACUUGAGGAUUUUCAAGUUCAAGAUGAUGGGUCUCUCAUUGAAAAUAGAAUGUUAGAUGAUUCUUUGUAUGAUAUAGAUAAGUAG